CCUCUUUAAUAUCAUAUGCAAAAGUACCACCGGUAUUUCUUUUUCAUGACUACAAUACGUGUGCAGACACUCUGAGAAGAUUGCGAAAAUUCGGUUAUUUCAUUCUAAGAAGCGUAGCCAAGUUAUUGCGCACAAUAUCAAUACAAUACGAUUAUCCUUAGCUCGCUGCCAAGAAAUACUUGAUUGAAGUAGACCGGUAAAGCUACGCGAGUGCAGUUCCCACUAAACUCAGUAUACAUAGUUUGGAGUUCUAUAUUAUUGUUUACAUGGCCAACUUGUGUGUCACCUCGUGAUGAGAAUGGGGGGGACAAUCGUUUAGCACGAAUCAUGCGAGUCACCAAACUAGUCUUCAAGGAUCAUAUAUAAAGUUUCUACAAGAUCUCCGUUCUUCUUUGUAACAUCACAUUUUCAUAACUGGAAUUUCAGAACCUCCGCAAUCAUCCUUAGCACCUUGAUUGUUCUUUGCGUUGUCCUGAAGAACCUCAUCAGAGAAUUCAGUGCAGGUCUAUCUGAGAAGCCUUGAUCAAAUCCACCCCAGGCGAAUGUCUCAAUUGUAUCGACCUUUUGUUGGGUGCUCAAGCCUUCAACGUGCCUUCGAUAUGUGCAUUCUAACACUCCCGAUAAAUGCUAUUUAUAAGCUUCGCCUUUCGCUUCGCAAGAGAAUAGGUGUGAUGGCAAUCUUUGCAGUUGGUGCAUUUACUAUAAUCAUCGCGAUUAUCCGUCUUGCGGUUAUCUCGAGCGAAGUAUUAGAAUACGGCCCAACUUUGCCAGACGUCACUUGGUUCACAAGCAAGUUCUCAUGGACGGUAAUAGAUCCUGCCGUAGGCUACUUUGUGGCAUGUAUGCCGACCUAUUCACCACUUGUCAAGCCUCUGAGACAUGUUCGGGAUUAUGCGUAUCGUGGACUCGUUUCCAAUGCUAGCCGGAAAGGAACAACCAAAAUCGAAGAUAGCAAUGCGGAUAACUUCUAUCUUGCAAAUUACAAACCGGCUGUCACAAGAGAAGUAACGGUGGCCAGGAAAUCCUCAAGCAUCAACUCUCGACAAGAACUCCAUCCUGUUCCAGGAACCGUAACAGUGAAGAGCGAUUUCACUCGGGAAGACCAUAGGGAGGAUAACUGGUGAAUCUACCACCCGGUCAAUGCUGCAUGAUACACUGUAUAGUGAUUACAGUAUAAUGACAAUCUGUGUCUUUGUAGGAAACAUUUUGAAACCACCGGGAUGAAAAAUGGAAGAAUUAGAGAUGAAAUAUCAUGUACACGACGAUGGGUAGUCUGAAGACCGAAAAUAGUCCACUUGAGAAAAGUAAAUGACACUUAUAAUUACCACGAAUCUCGGCUUGAAUAAUGUCCUUCCACUUCUCACGCACCAAUAGGUGUAUGAACUGACGGGACACUCAUCAACUUUCAAAAUUUGUACC